UAGCCUCAUUCCACGAACACAGACUCAUUUAACCCGUUUAAACCAUUGUUCUAAUAAAAUAAGCUGUAUUUCGAGGACACAUCGCAAACUAAGGAGUCACCGUGUUUCUUUUUCCAAACUUGAGCCUGCCUGAAGACGCACCUGUCGUCCCGAGAUCCUUUGCGUGUCCAAUAUGGAAGAACUGGCGGUGGAGGUCCGUGGCUCCAACGGCGCUUAUUACAAGGGCUUUGUUAAAGAUAUCCACGAUGACUCUCUCACCAUUGCCUUUGAGAACAACUGGCAGCCAGAACGCCAGGUGCCCUUUGGUGACGUCAGGUUGCCCCCGCCGGCCGACGCCAAGAAGGAGAUUGGAGAAGGGGAUGAGGUGGAGAUCUUCUCCAGAGCCAACGACCAGGAGCCCUGUGGGUGGUGGCUGGCCAAAGUGCGCAUGAUGAAAGGAGAUUUCUAUGUGAUCGAGUACGCCGCCUGUGAUGCCACGUAUAACGAGAUCGUGACCUUCGAGCGUCUGCGUCCGGUGAACACAAACCCGGCCAUCACCAAGAACUCCUUCACCAAAUGCACCGUCCCUGUGCCACAGGACCUGGCACACGCGUGUCAGAAUGAGAACGCCCAUAAGGAUUUCAAAAAAGCUGUGGGAGCCUGUCACAUCUCCUUCUGCCCUGAGUCCAGCCAGCUGCUCAUCGUGUCAACAAACGAGGCCACAGCGAAGCGUGUGUCUCUGCUCAGUGACAUGCAUCUGAGAAGCAUCAGGACAAAACUGAUGCUCAUGUCUCGCAACCAGGAGGCCACCAAACACCUGGAGAGCUCCAGGCAGCUGGUGUCUUCGUUCCAGGAGGAGUUCACUGUGAGACCGGACCUGAUGGGACUGGCCAUCGGGAGCCACGGCAACAACAUCCAGCAGGCUCGAAAAGUCCCAGGGGUCACUGCCAUCGAACUGGACGAGGAGACGGGCACGUUCAGGAUCUAUGGAGAGACUGCAGAUGCGGUGAAGAAAGCCAGAGGAUUCUUAGAGUUUGUGGAGGACUCCGUGCAAGUACCAAGGAACCUCGUAGGAAAAGUCAUUGGUAAAAAUGGGAAGGUGAUCCAGGAGAUCGUGGAUAAAUCUGGAGUGGUGAGAGUCCGGAUCGAAGGAGACAACGACAACAAGCAGCCCAGACAGGAAUUGGCGACACAGGGAAUGGUUCCGUUCAUCUUCGUGGGCACAAAGGAGAGCAUUGGGAACGUGCAGGUGUUACUGGAGUACCACAUCUCCUACCUCAAUGACUUGGUGGAGAUUCUCACAGAGGGACAGCACCUUGAGGAGGAGCUGAGGCAGAUUGAGCCUUUUACUCAGAGCCGGAGCUCAGCAGCCUUCAGAUUAAAGCACAGGAAGCUCUCAGCCAGUGCAGGACAUGAGUAUGAACAGGGAGCCCAGACGCAGGAGGUGGAGCAGCUGCGUAUGGAGAGGCUGCAGAUAGACGAGCAGUUGCGUCAGAUCACCCAGGGCCACCGCUCGUCUUCAGACAGAGGAGCCUAUAACGCAGAGGGCAGUGCCGGCUCCUCUGCCAACCGCCCCUACAACGUGAGGGGGCGCAGGGGCAGGGGCCACAGCUACAGCACCGGAUAUGGCACAAACUCGGAGCAGUCCAACGCCUCAGAGACAGACUCAGAGCGCAAAGAUGAGCUCAGCGACUGGUCCUUAGCCGGAGAGGACCAGGACAGAGAGCGUGAGAGGGGCCCUCGUCCACAGAGGGACAGCCGCAGGAGGCCUGGAGCCGGCCGAGGACGAGGAGGAUCUGGAGGGAGGGGCAGAGGAAGAGGAGGAUACAGCAACACAUCUGGCUACCGAGACUAUGAGGCUAACCACGCCUACGGCUCAAUGGAAGCCAACACUGAGACCGACCAGACCGCCGACACCGACGCCAGCGAAUCCAACAUGUCCGCCAACCGCCGCCGUCGCUCCCGGCGACGCAGGACCGACGAGGACGCCACCCUCAUGGACGGGAUGAGUGAGUCUGACAACGCCUCCGUCAGCGAGAAUGGAAUCGAUGAGUCUGAAGCCAAACCUCAGCGUCGUAACCGCAGUCGCCGCCGCCGCGUGCGUUACCCCGAGGAGAGGCAGCCAGUGACAGUGGCAGACUACAUAUCCAGAGCGGAGUCUCAAAGCCGACAGAUGCCUAAAAAGGACCCCAAGAAAAACAAGGAAGUGGUGGAGCCUAUCGCCGAGCACAGCCCUCAGCCCGCUCCAGCCAGCGCCAACGUCUCCAACGGCAACAGCUCCAAAACACAGCGGUCGCCGACGGAUACGCAGGGCUCCGCCUCCCACAAAGGCGACGCCAACCCAACAGUGGUCAACGGAGUCUCGUAGUUUAAACGCGGAAGGUUUCCAAACACUUGCAAGCAUUUAAUUUCAAGCACUGUUCUUUGAAACCUGGUCUACUGCUACUCUUUACACAUAUCUGUCCAGUUUUUCAUUUUAAUACAAUUUGUACAAUAUUUUACAAUAGUUCUUCCUGUAUGAGCUUGCCAAAGACAGUCAGAUAACACUUUGCUGUCCUUUUUCAGCCCCUCUUCAGCUGUUCGAGAGGGUCGGCUGAACACAGAUAUUGGAAAUAGACAGGGAUUCCUGCUGAACAAAUACUGUGGUAUCCAACGUAGUAGCAGGGUUUAAAAAUUAGACGUUUUAUCUACCUUAAACUAAAGAAAUGCUUCCCCGUUUCUUCUGUGUGCCCCUUUUUCAUCAAUGACAUGUUCCACUUCAAGCUUCACCUCCAGCAUUUGUGCCUUCAGUAGUUUUAAAACGUCGUGACCUGCCUCUAGACACACGAAAAAUAACCUUUGACACACUGCAGUUUCUUAGUUUCAUUAGAAUCGUAAUCAGAGUUUUCUAGCCAGUAAAAUAUAUCGGUUAAAUUUGAUAUAGUAAAAAGGUGCAUUAUGGAACUUUUCUGGUGCGGGGUCUACGGAUUUUUUAUAAAUUUUUUUAUUUGCCUGGAAUGUUCCACAGUCUCUUGCUUUCAAUUGUUAAAUUACAAGUUUUAUAUUAGGAUACUAAAAAAAAACUUAAUGCCAUACAGUGGAACAUUACAGACAUCUCCAUAGAAACAAGGUGUCAGACCCUCCUCCGAAAAUGUUACGUAUUGCACAUUGGUUUCGUUAGUUCCAUAAUCAUAGUUUUGUAGCCAUUAAAAUAUAUCAGUUUAUAUCAGUUAGAUUUGAUAUAACGAAAAAAAUAAUUCAUUUAAAGGUGCACUAAGGAACUUUUUAGUGGAGGUUGUGUCUUCGUGUCUCCAUGGAGAUGUGAUUUGCCUGGAAUGUUCCGCAGCGUAGCACUGCACUAACCUAACUUGCAUUUACACGUUAGAUUACUAAAAAAUGACCUAAAAAAACAUUCAUUCGUACUGUGAGUGGGCUCGCCUCUCCGCAGAUCUGGCCUGGUGGCUCCAUCUGCUCCUCUCCACUUUUAGACACUUUCAGAUAAGCUUCAAAUGCCAUACAGUGGAACAUUACAGACAAAGCAAUAACAUUUCCAUGGAAAUGAGCCAACAACAACCAGACCCUCCACCGGAAAUGUUACUUACACACAUCUGUUUAGUAAUUAGAUUUUUCAGUUUGAUCAGUUCGAUUUGAUAUAAUGAAAAAGUAGUCCAUUUAAAGGUGUAUUAUGGAACUUUUCUGGUGUACGUUCUGUGUGUUGCCUCCAUGGAGAUGUUCUUGCUUUGACAGUGUGACACAAAACAUAUCUAUUUUGCAUUUUCUAAUUAAAGUACAAGUUUUAUAUUACUAAAAAAAUACAGUGAAAAACACACAUUCUUACUGUGAGUGGGCUCGCCUCUCCGCAGGUCUGACCUGGCUGUAACUCGGCCUGGUAGGCUCCAUCUGCUGCUCUGUUCCUCUCCAGAGAUAAAUAAGUUGACGACACAUUACAGACAAAGCGAUAACCCCUUAAUAUCUCCAUGGAAACCAGAAGACAUCAGACCCUCCACCGGAAAUGUUCCGUAUCGCCAGUUGAAUCCGUUCAUAUUAAAACAAUCAUACAUUUCCUCCCAGAAGUGCUAAGUACGUUUGUAGAAUCAGUUCCGAAACACGAAGUCUGUUUUGAAAUUAACUACAAAACUACAAAAAAAAAAAGACAAUAACUUUCUGUCUCUCUUCACAAAGUGCAAAAAUCCCGCUGGUCGUCCACAGGAGUUUAAAGCUGGUACAUAAGGUUUACACUGCUCAUGCGCCUUUCCAAUACCGAGAAUGUCAUUGGUUUAAUUGUAUCUGAGAAGUCCAGUUUUGCUUUUCUUCUAAAUGUGGUGAGGAAUUUGAACUUUAGCUGCUUUCAUUAUUUUUGUUUUUUGUUUCUUUCUUUUCAAUAUGCAACCACUUUUAAGUCAUAGAACACAGCAUAAAACUUUAAAAAAAAAACAUAGAUCAAACUUUUAACUUUGCACUGAUGUGUUGUGUAACUGGUCCAUUGUAGACUCUGGAUUUGACCGCUCACUGUUGAGGACUGGACAAAGAUGUAGCGUCAGAGUGGUUUUUCCUGUAAACCAAAUCUCUAUUCGAACAUUUGAACUUUAUUCUAUUCACGGGGACAUUUUGUGGAUUUUCUGAUGAGGUUUUCUGAGGCACUAGGCGAUGUUUUUGGACUCAAAGAUGCACCGUGUAACUUUUCUGGUUUCAUUGGAGUUAAUUUCCGCCGUUCGAUUAUCGAUACUUUGCAAUGACGUCGCGCUGGAGGGGUUCUACAUGUGUGUUUAUAUUGGAAUGUACCAUCAGUUACCAUGGUGAGGCAAUGCACACAUUAGUAAAAGCCUAAGAAGUAUUUCCAAUCUAAAAGCUCAAGUUUAAAUCUAUUUUGUAAUUUUAUCAACAUAUUUUUUGAGGCACUAGGCAAAAAUGUUUGACUCAAAGAUGCAUCGUGUAACUUUUCUGGUUUGGCUGGUGUUAAUUUCCACCGUUUGAUUAUCGAUACUUUGCAGUGACGUCACGCUGGAGGGGUUCUACAUGUGUGUUUGUGUCAAAAUGUGCCAUCAGUUGCCAUGGUGACACAAUGCACACAUUAGCAAAAGCAUAAUGUUUUAGUUUUUAGAUAGUUUGAAAGCUCGAAAGUUUGAAAGUUUAAAUCAGGUUUGUAAUUUUAUCAAUAUAUUUUCUGAGGCACUUGGCAAAGUAUCAAUAACGGAACAGCCUUAAAUGAUAGUGGCCAAAAAGUUACACAGUGCAUCUUUAAGUCAAACAUUUUUGCCGUGACAUUGCGCUUCUACAUGGAUGUCUAUGGUGGAAUGUACCAUUGGUUACCAUGGUGACGCAAUGCACACAUUAGCAAAAGCCGAAUAAAUUUUUAGAAGUUUUAGUCUGAAAGCUCAAAUUUAAGUCAGUUUUAUAAUUUUAUCAACAUAUUUUCAGAGGCACUUGGCAAAAAUGUUUGACUUAAAGUCAAAGCACCGUGUAACUUUUUGGCCACUAUCAUUUAAAGCUGUUUCAUUAUUGAUACUUUGCAGUGACAUCGCGCUUCUACAUGGGUGUCAAUGGUGGAAUGUACCAUCGGUUACCAUGGUGACGCAAUGCACAUAUUUGCAAACACAGCCUAAUAUGUUUUUUGAAGUUUAAAUUCAAGUUUAAAUCAGUUUUGUAAUUUUAUGAGCACCUUUUCAGGAGCCAAAUCAGCAGCAGCUCACAUUUGUAGUUUUGCUCUUUCUGGUCAAACUGUUCAGACAAAAGUCUUAACUCGAGUUACAGAGCUUCAGACAGAGCAGUGCCGCCAGUUAGCUUCAACCUCCAGGGAAUCUUGAUGACGCCAGCUGCAAAGUGUCACCAGCAAAAAUCCAAAUCACAAAAUCAGUUGAAAUCAAGAUUAUUUCAAAAAGUUACUCCAGCAGUGUCAAAAUGUGCUUGUAGUGAAAUAAUUCAAUUUAUUUGUACUGUUUUUGUGACAUUAGAAACUAUAAACUACGAGUUGUAGUUUCGAUUCCAACAUUUUUGUAGUAUAAUAGAGCAAUAAUUCAAGUUUUAAUUAUAUAUUUGCUUAACUGCACAUCCUUACCUUCAGCUUUUGCCCAUGAAGAUGCUUUGUUUGGAAUGUUCCUCAGUACAGCAUUAAAACUUUCCAACUUACCAAUAGCGUUUAUUCAGAUUACAGAUGUUUUAAUGCAUUGAAAUUGAAAAACAUGUGCUUCUGUGAGCGGGGUCGCCUCUCCACAAAUCUGACCUGUAACUUAACCUCACGGCAUAACUUGUUUGACUCUUUACAGGUAGAUAAGUUUAAUGCCAUACUCUGGAACACUCUAGGCAAAGCACUAACAUCUCCAUGGAAACAAGCUGACUGCUGAUCCUCCACUAGAAAAGUUACUCAGUUCACCUUUAACACUGUACUGCUGUAAAUAGAGCAACAAGUUCAAAUAGCCUCGGGUUUGGGGUUCUUAAAGGUGUACUGUGUAACUUUUCUGGUAGAGAGCCCCGUCAGUUACUUUUCUACAUGGAGAUGCUAUUGUUUUAACUCCAAUAUUCCAAAGUAUGGCAUUAAACUUUUCAAUCUCCAUGGAAACAAGCAGGAGACACCACCGAGGUCACAAUAAGAAAGCGUGUUUUAAAGGUAUUUUUGAGCAAUAAAAACACACAUAAUUGAAUAAAUGCAUCUUGUAGAAGUUUAAUACUGUACUGAGGAACAGCUCCAUCUUCAUCUCCAUGGUAACGGACCCCCAAAAGUCCUUUAAGUCCACCUUUAAGUCCUUUCAAAACCCUCUUCAGAAAACGCAAACUGUCCCUAAACACAACUACGUAAAAAAAAAAAAAAAGUCUGAAUUUAUCGUCCGUAGAAAUUCACGAAGCUGUACGAGUAAGUGUUGUAAAACGUUCCUGGAAACUGUAGCCCAGGGCAACGCCACUUUCUAAGGCUCUUCCACGCAAACUGGUCACGACUGCCCCGCCGCGGACAGAGGUUUAUUUGGGUUAUUUAUUUUAAGAGAAUGUACAGUAUUUAAAAAUAAAAACAAAAAAAAAGACAAGGAAAAAUCUUGACACUAAAAACAGGCGUUACUGGAUCCUUUCGGAGACAAUUUGGACGACUGGGAGUUGUGUCUCUAGUGUUUUCGUUGACUCAGCUUCAGUACGUUUUAUAAGGACUGUUCUGGUUGGUUGAUGUGCAAUAUGUUUUGUAUGGGUAGUUCUUAAAUAAACUUGAUUUUCCAUGUGGAUCUUCA